GUUGUAGUAGACGACAGAGGGAAAAGAACCGUCAGAAUACUUUCGGUGUACGGAGUGUCCGCGCCCGGUUUGCUCAAAAUGUCGCUCAGAAACAGACUAUCCACAGGAAUAGGCCAUCUCGUUGUAGCGUUCUCUGUGUUUACUGCUGCGAUACGAGUUUCAAGCCCUGGGGGCGACAGUCCUGUGCCGAGCGUUGUGCUACCGAUCGUAAGUCGAGGUGGCAGCGUCGUUGUGCCGUCAAGAGCGCGAGCGACGACGACUGGAAGGAGUCUUAGUUCGAGCGCUGGCGAUACCCUUCGGCCAGCCACAACGAGUGGUCCACGCGCGACCGCCGGUGUUUCGAGGAACCUCAGCGAGUCAACCAUUAGUGGAGUUCGUAGUCCGAUUCAGGUCGCACUCGUAGCUCGUGGAACUGAAAGCCCCGUCGAAGGACGUAGUCCUCAGUCGGUUGUUUCGAGGAGUCCUGUUGUUCAAAGUACACCCAAUGGAGGUCCUGGAAGUACUGCGCGUCGCGCCUCCCCGUCUGACCUUCCAGCGCCAGACCAGAGCAGCAGUAACCGCUUUGCCAGUUGCCCUCCGCAUAACGUGGUUACACGAGGACCUGGCGGACACGAG